CAUCCUCAUUAGUUUCUACACGCCCCUCACCUCACCUCCCAUCUAUUCAUCCAUUCAGUUCCUUUCUCCACUGACCCACGAGGAGCAGUAAGACAUUAUACAAUGGCAGCUGCUAAGUGUUUGGUGUCUCUGAUGGUGGUGCUGGUGGUUGCAGUGUGUGUUACUCAUGCCCAGGAGAGGAUUAAGAUGUGUGGAAGAGAGUUGAUACGUCUGGCCGUCUCAUCCUGUGGUAACCCUCGGCUAAGGAGAAGCAUCCUGGACGUAGAACUGGGACAACAUCAGUACACUUCUCACUGGGACCAGGACGCCUCCACAGAGGAGCACCAGUCUACGGAGGCAGAGUCUCACGGGGAAAAGGAUGUGUUCUCCUUGGCUCCUCACUGGUACCGCAUGUCCUCUCGGAUUAGACGAGCUGCUGGAAAAAUAUCUGAUAUUUGCUGUGAGAAAGGAUGCAGCAUGAAAGAGUUGAUCCAGUUUUGCUAGAUGUAGCUCCCUACUUGUCAUAUGAUAUAAUAUUGUCUUAAACUGUUUUGAUCUGCGCUGCAAGGUUGUUUACCAAGUUGCCUAAUCCUUGAGAACAAUGAUUUUGCUAUAUUUCCAAUGAUGUAGCAUUCUGGCAAACACCACACAUAGGUAAUUUAGAUACUUGAUCAUAUUUAAUAAAUUAUUUACUUUGCCCUACUGCAGAUCAAAAGGUCACAAAGAUCACAACGUACACAGGUUUUAUUUUGUAAUAAUAUCAUUUAUUCUCUCUGCAUCAUUGUAGAAAAAGUUUA